AUGACUGCUGCGAACUCGUCCAAGGAUCCGGUGGUCGGAGCGCCAAUCAAGACGAGUCGAUUGGGUGUCUAUCGACUUGUUCAAGAAGUACCUUCUACAAAGUUUCGUGAGAGCUGGGAUCAAGCUGCGCGUGGUGCACCAAGCGUAAAACGACUGGUCAAGGAAAUAAUCCAGCUUGGACGGGCGACUUUCUGUGCCUACCUGCUCCUCCAGCUGUGGAUAUAUGCAGUCGAGCCUAUCCUUAGUUUGCAUCUGACUAGUCGCAUCCUCGUCAUUAUCGAAGAAGGUUUCAAGGGAGGUCAGCCUGACGCAAACGGUCUAUUCGGUGCAGUUGUUAUGAAGAUGCUCGCAGCAGUGGCCACGGCCUUCAUUCAGCGGCAGAAUAAUGCUUUAGAGAACAAAAUGAUGCACGGAAUUGAAUUCAAGUUGCAGCGUCUCGUCCUUCGAUCCAAACUUAGGACAGAUUUAACCGGGGUUCAAGCUAAAGCCGUGGCUACUAAACAUAUAUACGAGCGCAGCGCGUGGUAUGCUUUCCGGCACUUUGCCUUCACCGGUGCACAAUUCUUUGGAGCGCUUGGCCAGCUGGCUUAUGUGUUCCGAACCGUUCAAUCAAGCGGGCAUGGUCCCCUCUUCGUCAUCCUCUGUCUCGUUCGCCCUAUUCUCGGGAUAUUCACGGACAACUCGCUUUGGGCGACACCCCAUCUUAUCGAGGCGGAUGAUCCCCACUUUCUUCGCAUGAAGAAUUUGCUUGCUUUAGGGGACAAAAAGUAUAAGCAAGACGUGAUCACCGGAGAUAUCGUUCAACACAUAGUCAAAGGCACGUUGGCUAUUUGGAUAAAUGGUUUAUUCACUCUUGCCUGUAGACUUUCGCAAUACAGCCAACGCCAGGCGACGACCUUGAGUGUUUUAAUCAGACUCUCAGGAGACCUCCCGAUGCUUUACUAUGCCUCUAAUGCAAUACUCCACCCAACACAUUUCAGCUUAGCGACCAUUGCGACCCUGCAGAGCAUCGAUUCGCUGCUCCGCUGGUCAUUCACGGGCAUCUUAAACACAGUCCGCGGCUUCACCAAGCAAGCUAAUCGCGUCAAAGCAAUAUAUGACAUCGAGAAGAUCGAACAUGAUGCCACAAACGGUGGCAUGGCCGCUUAUCCUCCAGAAGGCCAGGAGGACGAAAGCGAGGCAGGCAUGGCCAUCGAACUCAAAAACGUCUCAUUCUCCUACCCCAGCAAUGAUACUUUGAGCGCACUGAAGGAUGUGUCCCUCCGCAUCAAGUCCGGUCAGCUUGUGGUCCUCGUCGGCGCAAACGGCAGCGGCAAAUCCACCAUCAUUAAACUUCUCAUGCGUCUCUACCAGCCCACAUCGGGAUCGAUCAUGCUCGGAGCACCUGGCCACCCUUCAACGCGCGACAUCCGCGAGUAUAAAUCAGCAGAUCUCCGGCGCGCAACCGCUGCAUUAACGCAGGACCAUCAUCUGUUUCCGCUUUCCCUUGCGGAGAACAUCGGCCUCGGUAACCCUGCUCGAAAAGACGAUGGAGAAGCUGUGUCGGAGGCACUGCGGCGAGGCGGUGCAAAUAAGGUGGUGGAGAGACUCAAAGGUGGAACAGAGACCGUGUUAGAGGGUGGCAAGGGUCUGAGAUGGGGGAGCAAUGUGCGGAAAGACGAGGGGACGCUUCUUGCAGCGGAACUCGCCAAGAUGGAAAAGAAGAGCGACGUUUCUGGGGGCGAACGCCAGCGGCUGGUAGCGGCGCGGACCUUCAUGCGGUUCACGACCAAUACCGUCAAGCUUGUUUGUGUAGACGAGCCCAGUGCAAAUCUCGACGCGGAGGGCGAGCUGGAGCUCUUUGACAACCUCCGACUCGCGAAUGCGGGCAAGACGAUGGUGUUUGUGACACAUCGGUUUGGCCAUCUCACGAAACACGCGGACAUGAUCGUUUGCAUGAAAGAGGGAAAGAUUACGGAGAAAGGGACGCAUGGCGAACUCAUGGCGGUUGACGGCGAAUACGCGAAAAUGUAUGGCAUCCAGGCCAAAGCGUUUGAAGCGUCAUCGUGA